AUGGAACCAACGAACGAGGCCCUAUCUCUGCGCCGAGGGCUGCGGUCAGCUGCACCAAGCAUUGAUACUAGACUGCCGACAACUUUCCCUGACUCUCGCGAAGAAGUCGAGGAGCAGGACCAUGAAGAUGUCGUCUUUAUGGAGGUUCGGCGUCGGGUCAAAACGCUCCCGGAGGAAGAUCAGCAAAACAUAUCCCCUAAUCACAAUGCAAGCUUCAUGUCGAACAACCAUGCCUUCCUCGCCAUCGGGCAGAAGCUCAAGGAGGUAAAUGACACGCUCGGGACCCUCCAGUCACUCGGCAUUCAACAUGUCGCUCAGCUUCCCGAGCUUGUACUUGUGGGCGACCAGUCUGCGGGCAAGUCGAGCAUCAUGUCGGCCAUCGCUGGGUUGAACUUACCGCACAACACGGGAGUGUGCACGAGAUGCCCUAUUCAUAUCAGAUCAUCCCGGUCCGCCAACACGGAGUGGUCCUGCAGGAUUACACUGCAACAGGACUACGCCUUCGUCCCAGGGGACGAACCUAUCACGCAAGAUGAUGUGACUCCUGCCAACCCCUUUCCGCCUUGGGUGAAGCAGAAUCGGGUCGUCAAAGACUUCGUCACAAUUCGGGACAAGGUCGACUCAAUCGAGCGAGUUUUGCGCUGGGCCCAAGUCGCGAUUCUGAAUCAUAAUCAGAACCACGAGCUGUACAUCCCGAGGGACGGGAAUGAUGAGGACGAUGCCGAGCUUCUCGAAAGAGAGGUAGAAAAUACCGAGGCGAAGUUUUCGCCCAACACGGUUGCCCUCGAGAUUAAAGGCCCUGACCUUCCUGAUCUGAGCUUCUAUGAUCUGCCCGGCGUGUUCGUCAAUGCACCUCAAGACAGCGACCAGUACCUUGUGCAUGUCGUUGAGAAUCUUACGAGGGAGUACAUCUCCCAUCCUGGUGCGAUCAUUUUGUGGGCGGUGCCCAUGAACAACGAUGCCAUGGUCUCGUCAACCUUCAAAAUCAUCCGGCAGAUGAAGGCUGAGAAGCGUUGUCUCGGUGUGAUGACGAAGGCCGAUCUUCUUCCCAAAGGAAACCACUCCCAGUGGAUUUCCAUGCUCCGAGGAGUCGACCACCCGACCGGAUUAGGCUAUUUCAUCACCUCCCGGCCGGACACAGAGGACCUGGUUGGGCAGGCUGCAUGGGAAGAGUCAUUUUUCAACAGAAGGGCCGAGUCUUCGUCGCUCAUGGAGACCCAACCCUGGCCGGCAGAGUUCGCCGAUUUCGAAGAGAGGUGUGGCGUCGUCCGGCUCAAGGAUUUUCUGUCUCAUAAGCUGGCCGAAGAGUUUGCGAAGAGUCUGCCGGUUAUCAAGGGCAUUCUUCAUCAACGACUUCAUAACGUCGUCAACCAGCUGAAGAAACUCCCCGAGCUCCCGCCAAAUCCCGAGCUUGAGAUCCGGAAGGGGCUUCUCGACUUCACCAACCUGGUCAACGCUCGUCUGAAGAGCCAGGAAUUCUCCGCACAAUGGGCCGUGAGUGCCGAAGAUUUCAAGAACGCGGUUCUAGCAAUGAAGCCCAAGGUUGUUGUUAAACCGGAGACUUCUGUCAUUGAUGUGGACUCGGAGAGUGUUGUCAGCAGUGGAAGUCCGCAACCGAAGCGUCGGUCCGCCACCGACCAUUAUUCGGACCUCCAGGCCACUCCUUCGAAGAGAAGGCCCAACAUCGGCGUCUUCAUGAGUGGCGCCAACGGCGCCGGCGCCGGCACUAGAUUUAAUAGUGUGAAGGCUGAAGAUGCUCCUGCCAGCCCAUACCAGGUAUCACCACGCGGACCGCGGGCGCUCUCAGUUGUUACAGCUCCAACUUCCGGUCCCAACGGAACCUCGAUCAACAAGACGCGCACCCUCCCCCAGAUACGGGACAUUCUCGUGUCGAAAAGGCGUCCCGGGAUGCCGAACGCCAUACCCCACGAGGUCUACGAGUUCCUCUGCAUGGAUGCAGUCAAACCAUGGAACAAGCCCUUGGCCGCUUUCCUCAAUGGGACGAUCCAACUCCUCCAGAGGGAGAUGAUGAGCGCCCUCGACCGCGCAUUCUCCGGCCUGAAGAAGCGAUUUGUGUUCCGCGAGUCGAAGAAGCACCUCGUCGACUUCGUCAAGAGCCACCGUGAGGUACUUACCGGGCAGCUCAUGCACGCCUACAAGACGGAGACGCACCGUCUCUACACGGUCAACAAUACCUUCUUUAACCACAAUCUGGAGGAGGAGAAGCGAAUCCUGGCUCGCCAUCGCCACCACUAUCGGUGGGCGGCGCACUGUGGCCAGGCUCCCGAGUCGCUUAAGCCCGUGGAACAGCUCAGCGAGGAGGAGCGGCUGCAGGAGCAGUCGAGGAUGCAGAAGGAGGCGGUCAAGAUGGGCAAGGACCCAUACGAGCAAGAAAUCGACGUCGUAGCCUAUGUCCGUGGCUAUUACCUCACCGCCGCCUUCCGUUUCAUCGAUAAUGUGAGCCUUCAUAUGACUUCGGGCCUGUUCCCGGUUGUCUCCGAGUCGGUCAACUUCCACUUGGACAAGAAACUCGGACUACUGGAUAAUGCUGCCCAAGCCUUGUUCGACCUCCUCAUGGAAGAGGAACCGAAGACGGCUGACCUGCGUAAGCAGCUUAAAGAAGACAAGAAGAAGUUCGACAAGGCCAUGGACUGCAUCCUCGCCCUGGAAAAGUCGGCGAGCGGGACAGCUGAAGAGAGCGAGACUGAUGGGUUUGAAGACCAGGAUGACGUUGAGCUUGACGUCGAGCUUGACGACGUCGAGCAGUCCAACGGUCAAGCCUCCGAACUCGGCGACCCAUACCCUGCGUCCUCUCUGGCCCAAGAGGAAGAGUUCUGA